GUGUUCUGACAGGCCGGUGUCGUACAUUUUUGCAGAAUCACCAUGGCGUCUGUGUUGAAAGAGACUGCGGGAUUAUAUGAAACAUUGAAAGCCGAGUGGAAUAAAAAGAACCCAAACCUCAAUAAAUGCGGUGAGCUCUUGAGCAAGUUAAAGAUUUCCCUGUUGGAGUUGAACUUUCUACCAACCACUGGGACCAAACUAACCAAACAGCAGCUUAUCCUCGCACGAGAUGUUUUGGAGAUUGGAGCGCUGUGGAGCAUUCUGAAGAAAGACAUCCCCUCAUUUGAACGCUACAUGGCUCAGCUUAAAUGCUACUACUUUGAUUACAAGGAUGAGUUGCCUGAGUCGGCCUACAGGCACCAGUUGCUGGGACUAAACCUGCUCUUCCUGCUCUCUCAGAACCGAGUGUCUGAAUUUCACACAGAGCUGGAAAGACUGAGCGCAAAGGACAUCCAGACGAACGUCUACAUCAGACACCCAGUUUCAUUAGAGCAGUAUCUGAUGGAGGGCAGUUACAACAAGGUAUUUCUUGCCAAAGGAAAUAUUCCCGCGGAGAGCUACACCUUCUUUAUUGAUACUCUUCUUGAUACCAUCCGAGAUGAGAUUGCAGGUUGUAUAGAGAAAGCAUAUGAACAGAUUCAAUUCAAUGAAGCCACGCGGGUGCUUUUCUUUUCCUCUCCAAAAAAGAUGACAGACUAUGCAAAGAAAAGAAACUGGACCCAGAGUCCUGAUGGAUACUACUCAUUCAGCACCCAGCAUCAAAAGACAGAGGAGGUGACCAUCCCCUCCACAGAACUGGCCAAACAAGUCAUCGAGUAUGCAAGACAGCUGGAAAUGAUUGUGUAGUGUGGAUAUUUGACACAUGUAUACAUAAAGGUUCACAUUUGUUCAUCCAAACAUACAAAUAAAAGCAUUGUACAGUGGCCAUAUAUCUGGACUCAGUUUAGACAGCGGAUGACACACCCACAAAUAAUGGAUCUCAGAGGCCUACGAAUGAUCAAUAUCUGCCUGUAUCAGGGUCUCUUGGUAUGAUUGUGUGUUGGAUGUGUGUUUUCAGUAACUCUCUUGCAUUACUGGUGAUCAUCUAAUAACCGCUCUAAGUUUUUUUGGAAAUAAACAUUUAAUACGUAUAGUUUGAAUAUCAAGUUGUUUUUUCCCCUCAAUGUUUAAUGGGUUUUUUUUAACAAAAGUGAGUUUGAGAGUUUGGAAAAGUGGGUCUAGAUAGUAUGUUGGGGAUGGAAGCUAAACUUCACUGCUUAUUCAAUGUAAUCCCAGGAGUAUUCAUUGAAUUAUUGUACUCUCCGCCUUGUAUCCUAGCAACUGUGAGAGGAUUGGUUAAAAGUUUGCAGAUGUUUUUCUUUGUUUAUCCUGUAAUGGGAUAAAAAUCCCCCAAAUUGUCAAAAGGAAGUGACAGUUCAUAGUAAAUAAAACUGUUUUUUCUGAUUCU